AUGGAUGGGGAACGCAUAGUGGGUAUGUUUGAGGUGGGGUUGUGCAGUYUGACUCUGAAGAGGUUGGUGGUCCUGAGGGAGCUGGACAAGGAGCUCAUCUCUGUGGUCAUCGCUGUCAAGAUCCAGGGUUCCAAGARRAUCCUGAGGUCCCAUGAGAUAGUGCUGCCCCCUAGUGGCUCAGUGGAGACUGACCUGGCUCUCACCUUCUCACUGCAGUACCCUCACUUCCUGAAGAGUGAGGGUAACAAGCUCCAGAUCCUGCUGCAGAGGAGGAAGAGAUACAAGAACAGGACUAUCCUGGGAUACAAGACCCUGGCUGUAGGAACCAUCGAUAUGGCUGAGGUGAUGCAGCAGCCUACGGAGGGGGGCCAGGUUCUGUCUCUGUGCAGUAACCAGAAGGAGACGCUGGGUAAAGUAGCUGAUAUCUGGAUCUUCUCUCUGUCCAGUCAGCCCAUAGACUAUGAGGAGGCCGCUCUGCAGGAGGGAACCAAGAUCAAAUGCUCAGUACUGGAGCGGGAGCAGCAGCCUACGGAGGGGGCGCAGGUUCUGUCUCUGUGCAGUAACCAGAAGGAGACGCUGGGUAAAGUAGCUGAUAUCUGGAUCUUCUCUCUGUCCAGUCAGCCCAUAGACUAUGAGGAGGCCGCUCUGCAGGAGGGAACCAAGAUCAAAUGCUCAGUGUCUCUUCAGGACCUGGAGGAUGAUGAGUAUGAUGUGAGGAAGCCUAAGAAGCAGAGGAGGUCCAUCGUAAGAACUGCUUCAAUCACCAGGCAGCAGAACUUUAAACAGAGAGUUGUGGCCCUGCUGAAGAGGUUUAGAGUCUCAGACGAGGUGUUGGACUCGGAGCAGGACCCGGCAGAGCCCCCUCCAGAGGUAGAGGAGGAUCUGGACCUAGAGAGUCUGGAGUUUGAGAACCCCAGUGACAGUGGACCAGAACUAGACGAUGACGACAGUGUCCUCAGCACCCCGAAACCYAARCUCAAGCCAUAUUUCGAGGGCCUUUCUCUCUCCAGUUCUCAGACAGAGAUCGGCAUCCACACCAGCCCGGUUAUUAGUAACACAGAACCACCCAGCCCGACUGAACCGGACCAGACUAAGAGCAGCGGAGACACGUUCCAGGUGGACAGUGUCUCAGAGAAGGGCUCAUUUGAGCAACCAGAGGCAGUGACCCCCACGACAGAGCUGGAGAUGGACAACAUGGACACCUUCCUGGAGAAGCUGCCCCCUACUGGCAAGAUGAAGAAGACCGAGUCCCUCAUCAUCCCAUCCAACAGAUGGCAGGAACCUAAGUUGGCGGGGAGGAGAGGGAGGAGUACAUCCCUAAAGGAGCGCCAGCCCAACAGACCACAGAACGAGAGAGCCAACAGCCUGGAUAACGAACGCUCCCUCGACACACACUGCCAUCUACAGAUCCCCAGGAAGACCGUGUAUGACCAGCUCAACCACAUCCUGGUGUCUGAYCACCAGCUACCUGACAGCAUCAUCCUCAUCAACACAUCUGAUUGGCAGGGCCAGUAUCUGUCAGGUGUUCUCCAGAGCCAGCACCUCCCGGUGGUGUGUACCUGUACUACAGCAGACAUCCAGGCCGCCUUCAACACCAUCGUCUCACGCAUUCAGAGAUUCUGUAACUGUAACAGCCAGACGCCCAUCCCCAUAAAGAUAGCUGUGGCUGGGGCCCAACACUACCUCGGUGCAGUCCUCAGGCUGUUUGUAGACCACCUGUCUUACAAGACCCCUGAUUGGCUAGGCUACAUGAGGUUCCUGAUCAUACCACUAGGAUCUCACCCGGUCUCCAAGUACCUGGGUACCAUCGACUAUCGAUACAACAGUUUAUUCCAGGAUACAGCGUGGAGGGACCUCUUUCACAAGCCAGAAGCUCCAGUCAUAGUGCAGGAGAGUCCAGAUGUGGUUUCCAGGGUAACCCAGUAUAUUGUCGGGGCCAACGGAGUUCACCAGCUCCCCAUCGCUGAGGCCAUGCUCACAUACAAACAGAAGAGCCCAGACGAGGACUCUUGUCAGAAGUUCAUCCCCUUUAUUGGGAUGGUGAAAGUUGGACUGGUGGAACAGUCAUCAGCAACAUCAGGUGACUCGGACGAUGCAGCUCCCAUGGCGACAGCCCUCCUCUCCUCCACCCCUCCUCAGRUGUCCCCCGCCCUGAAGGAAGCCACGCCCACCCCUCCCUCCUCCCCCUCUGUCAACACAAGCUUCAGCUCAUACAGUUCUCCCCAGGGGGAGCUGAUGGGACUACAGGUGGACUACUGGGUGGCUCCGUCCCCGGCUGACAGGAAGAGAGACGUGGAGAAAAGGGACUCGUCUUCCUCUAAGAACACUCUGAAGUGUACGUUCCGCUCGCUGCAGGUCAGCAGGCUCCCCCAGGCCGGGGCCCAGCCACAGCCCGCCAUGUCCAUGACUGUGGUCACGAAGGAGAAGAACAAGAAGGUAAUAUUCCUGCCAAAGAAGACUAAAGACAAGGAUGUGGAGUCUAAGAGCCAGGUGAUCGAUGGCAUCAGUCGACUGAUCUGCACUGCCAAGCACCAGCAGACCAUGCUGAGGGUGCUGAUUGACGGCGUGGAGUGGAAUGACGUCAAGUUUUUCCAGUUGGCGGCACAGUGGUCGUCACACGUCAAACAUUUCCCCAUCGGGAUCUUUGGACACAGUAAAGGGCCUUACUAACAAGCGACGGGUUACCAUAGUAGCGACACCGUUACCAGAGACUCAUCUGUAACAGAGGACAACGCCCCCUCCCUCAUGUGCCAAUAGCUUUUAUAAUAGCCAACCCCCCCUCUCCCGCACAUCUUAGACUGGUCCCAGAUCUGUCUAACUCCUAUGGUCAUUGUCAAGCCAAACGUUGGCAAAGCAGCACAAACAGAUCUGGGACCAGGCUACACACAUCUGCCCACCCCACUGUCUYAAUUUAAGCCCCAGAUUUUACCUAUUGUUUAUACUUCUGUGUUUGUUGUUGUGUUUAUUAUAAAAGUUCCCAAGGCAACGCUGUCAUAAGGAGAUUUGGUUCUCACCAAGCUUUUUUUUUUAAAAAUCCUGCUGAUUUUCUAUAGACUUUUGAAGAAGUAAAAGACGAGCGGAAACCUAAUUAAAUAAAUAGUUUGAAAAACUCCUAACUAGUGAUGCAUAACAUUUCGGCACCCUCCCUCCCCUCCUCUUUGCUUUUUAUUAAUGUGGCAAAGAUAGAUUGUAUCAAACAAUUUGCCAGGCACAAUUUAACAAGAUAAGUCCUAGUCAAGAUCACUUUGUAACCAAAAGGCCCUGAAACGAUGGAAGAUGGACAACACAUAAAAGAUGACUUAUCUUGUCAUCCUUGGAGGAAGUGGUCUGGAUCCUGGACUGAAACCAUUCUAGCGCACCCAGAGUCCUGGGGUGUAUUCAUUAGGAACCAAACAUAACCAAACAUAACCAAACAUAAUGGAAAAACGGGAAAGGAACCUACCUGAAUUUGUCCAAAAAAAGACAACUAUUUCGUUGCUAAACGUUUUCCCCGUUGCACUGCGGUUUGCUACACUGUGCACUAAUGAAUACUCCCCUAAGGACAGUGGCUCCUGUUGUUGUAGCAGGCCACUGAGACCCUCUGCACUCAUCGGAAGAAGACUAACAUGCACAAUAGACUUACUGUAGCCUGAAAUCCAGACCUGUUCUGUGCUAUUAUUCCACUCUUUUUUUUAAAACUCUGUGUCAUAUGUUUGGUGAAUGACAAGGAGUGGAAUGAUGGCACAAACAGACUGAUACCCAGGCUACAUAAUACUGUAUAUGUCCUGUACAUCCAAUCAAUUAUAUGUAAACACAACUCAUAAUUGAGAUGGAACUGACCCUGCACUAACUAAUGGUUGGUGCAUCUCUCUCUCUAACACUUUCUUUUUCACCUUCCCUUCUUUUGAAAGGGAGCAAUGGGUGUGCCACCAGCAGAGAAUAUCUGAUAACAUAUCCCCGUCCUCCUUUAUCAUCUCUCCCUCAUCGGUCCCGUCCUCUCUUUAUCUCACAGCAACCACACAUCUUCUAGGCAGAAUACUAGACAGACUGCAGCUCACUCAUUUUCCUACUCCCAGAGCCAUGUGUGUUAAGAGAGUUGGGACAUUGACGUUAUCUGCAUUGACGCAUUUUUACAUGACAACGUCAACGUUCUAUAGCAGCCAUGUUUGCUCCYCCCCAUUAACUUUACAUACGGAAUAUUUAAAUAAUGCUAUUCAACUGAAUGUGUAGGAUUAGAACAAUAUUCCAAAUUGUAAAAGCCCAGCUUCUCUAAAUGCAGUACAUUCAUAAAGUAUUCAGACCUCUUGACUUUUUCCACAUUUUGUUACGUUACAGCCUUAUUCCUUCGACCUC